AUGGUAUCAGCAAUUAAGGCAACAACUGAAUUUAAUGAUGCAAACAAGAAGGCAAGCAGAACUGGUGCAGAACUGAAUGCAAAUACUGUCAACUGGACUCCACCUUCCCAGGGGCUUUACAAAGUGAAUUGGGAUGCAUCUUUGAGCAAGAGAAGCAGCAAGGUUGGCACUGGGAUUAUUGUGAGAGAUCAUGAAGGUCAUGUCAUUGCUACAAAGAUGAUGAAGUUUGGAUUGAAGAUUGGUAUUAGGAAGAUAAUCCUCGAGGGUGAUGCUUUAAAUGUUGUUAACUACAUAAAACAGAGAGGAUUCUUGCCAUUACUCGGGGCCAUUAUUCGGGAUAUCAAAAAUGUUCUUGCUCAGUUAGAUUAUUGGGAAGUGGUUCAUAUAAGAAGGGGGUCAAACAUUUAG